AUGACGUCGCCUCGAGAAGCGACCACCGCGGCGCUCGCGCGCUCGGAGAAGCCGUCGCGCCUACACAUACCUACGACUAGUAGCAGCGACACACCGUGUGCGUCCUCGACAGCCGCCGCCGCGGCUAUCGCUACCACGAACGAAGCGGCUAAAGGAAUCAAGUCCGCCGACAUGCGCAGCCAAACGUGCGUCGAGUUCCUGCAUAUUAUGAAAGAGUUCUCCGAGAGCUCAUGCGACGCCAGCGAGACUGUGCAGCGCGUGGACUCGCUGGUGAGCCAAGACGAACAGCUGCUGCGACUGUUCCCGCUGUCGCGCACGCAGGAAGAGGACGAGGCCGCGCGGAGACUGCUACGGGGCACUCGGAGAUGGAAGACGAGGAGAACUAUCGCUAGGAUAGCAUCCAAAGAAAGCGACAAGGAGAUGGACUCGCAAGACGAGCUGCAGCGCUGGAUGGAUCUCGAUCUCGGCGACCUAGACCACCACAUGGACGUAUUUGACUUCCAACACACGCAGCCGCAGCCGCUAGCACUAAGCGAGAUUGCCACUGCAGAAGAUGCCAAACACGCCUCGUCUGCAGCGCAAGUGGUGCCGCCCACCGCGUCUCCGUUUAUGAAGCGCGGCACCAACGGAUUUCUACAACAGAAGACCGUCCCAAACCACUACCGAGACAGCAAAGACGAUGACUGGAUUCCUGCGAGGGAAACCAAGAAAUCUGUGACGGUUGCACUGUUCGAGGAUGAUGACGAUGAUUUGGAUCUCAUGCUGGGCGGCAACACGUCGCUGCCGACCAGCCCGCCGCUUAAGCGUGCUAAGCUCUCGCGAACGGAUAGUCCGCAGACACUGCGUGUUUCAGUAUCUCCAGACACGGAGAGUAAAGUGGAAACAGACGACGAGAGCAAAGCUGACGAAGACGAGGACGGAAAUGUAUGGGGCAUGGAGAAUGACGACUACGAGCACGACCUGCUCUCGUCGAUUGACCACGCUGUGCUGUGCGACCGUGAGAACCGGUUCUUGCAGUGGGAUCUGGAGGCUGCUCAGCAGCAGGAACAGCGGAGGCUGCAGGCUAACGGCCUGGCACGGAAUUCUACAACAUCUGCUGGUGUGGCUGGCCGAUGUGCGAACGGUUCGGCUAUCUCCUCCUCCAAUCCCGCUAUUAGUGGGCUCACUGCGAUCCAAACCCACCGCUCGCUUCAACAGCCUUAUGACAAGGUCAUGGCUUCGAGUCCUAUGAGCAGUAAGAGUCCGUCCAACGUCGAUAUUGUGGAGGAUUGGAACAGCUUGGACUUUGGCACUUUUCAGAACCGCACGGUGAGCCACAUUCUCAGCUCGUGUCUGCACAAGCGGAAACUGCAUCAUCCUUACAAGAACCAGGUGCAGCUCGUGAACUUCAAUGUUCCAGGCAGUGGCGAUGCUACUUCUGGACGUGGCAGUGGGCUGCAUCCACACCAGCUUGGAGGGUCUCUGGCGACUAGUCUCGCCUUUGGUGGUCAGCGAAACGGUGGGGAUGGCUCGGACGGGUCGACAAUUAGCGGCUUUGUGCCUCUGCUAGCAACAGGCCACGAAAAUAGUCUGGGUAACAGCAAGUCUCCAGGCAAGGGCGAGAAGAAGACACCUAAGAAACGCGAGGAACGCAAGCGACUCAUGACGCUUAAGAUGCAAGAGACUUUUGCCGACCUGGAAGGGACAUUCACUGAACAAGACUUGGAUGUCAAGGGAAUUGUGGGACCAGGCGCGUCAUUGUCUAAAAUGGCUCUUUCGAAGCUGGAAAACUUGCCUUUGCCGGACCUGACGAACCUUCCUCAGGAUCUACGCGAGCUCAAGCGCAAGAUUGAAGCCACGGAGCAUAAGGUGGAAGGCACGAAGCAUCGUCACCGCAAGGGCGGCCCGUGCCCUCGUUGCCAGGUGCAGAACCAGUUGCGCGCGGCAAAGCGGGCGUACCACAAGCGUGCGGUGGCGCACAAGAAACUGCCGCAUGUGGUGGUCAACGCUGUUAAUGAUGAGGCCCAGGAAGCUGCUAACGCACAGGCUGCUGCCGCUGCUACGCUUGAACUCGCUGGCAGCGUCACAGCAGCGAUUAAGGCUGCGGCCGGCGCAGCAUCAAGGAAGGGGAGCGCCGGUUCUUCGACUGGUCCUUCGGGGAAUUCCUCAAGCGCUAAGGCGAGAGCUGCGUUGGCUGGAGUGACCAACCUAUCGACUGGAAUGCUGAAGCAGAUACAACGUCCAGCCGCGUCAUCGGUGUCAUCGCCUUCUGGAUCGUUGUGCUCGACGUCUUCUGUGGCAACUACUGGAACCGUGGGGUCUACCAGCGGCUCGUCGUCGUCGUCGUCGUCGUCUUACGGUGGUAUCUCGCCCCCGCCGCCGACGUCCAUCAUUCGAGGCCCAUGCGGGAAAGUAUCCUCGUCAGCAAUGCCGUUUUCUUCGGCAUCACCAACUUCGGCAUCGAACGCGUCGUCACCCGACACGACAUCCCCUCAGUUGCAGCACGUGACCGUAACCUCGGGUUAA